CACCGCUUUGAAAUUCCUACCAAGCGUCAAACAAAAUGGCGGACGACGAGAAGGCGAAGAUAUCAGCGACACACAGGGUGAAAUCCUUGGUGUCGCUUUUCGGGCUGAUAUUCACAGUCAUCACGUUUGUCUGUUUCAUGGUCGGCUUCUCCAGCCCAAACUGGAUCGAGCAUUAUAACAAAUACACCGAACGCCAGUUUGUCAAAAUGGGCCUGUGGGAAGUAUGUUUCAAACAGUGGAGCUAUUACAAGGACUAUCUCGGCAAGACAUACGACGGUUGCUGGUGGAUAUUCUCUUUUGAAUAUCGCCCAGUGUGGUCCUGGUUGAACCCACCAUGGCUCCUUGCCAUCCAAGUGCUGAUGGUGCUGACGCUGAUGAUUAUGAUGGUGUGCCUUGUCUUUGUCAUCAUGUACUUCGUCAAGUGCUGCCCGGCAAACAAGGAGAAACGAUAUGUCAUGUUCAGCUUCAUCUUCAACUUCACAGCAGGUACCUUUAUUGGUAUCAGUGUCAUCCUGUUCGGUAUCAAGGCGGAUACUGAUCGCCAGUGGCUGCCUCACCCGGAUUCAAACUACCUUUCCUGGUCAUUUGGUUUUGCCGUCCUGUCUGCGUUUUUCGCCCUGUUUGCUGGAAUGUGUCUGCUGGUCGAGUGGAUGAGACUGAACCAGGAAGAAAACAACAAGGCCCGAAGACAGAACAUGUCUCUCACGUCCAAGCCUGCAACUAGAUACUAAAGAAGCAGACGACACAGAGUGCAGGAGCAGAUGACAGGAACUGCCUGAGCAGACGUUGACUGUUGAAGCAGAUAUAUGUAACAAUACCCUCACACCAUGUCAUUGUAGUCUGUUGUUUUGAGUGUGACCAAUAAGCUAAUCCACACUCUUGUACAGUUGUCUGUUUUCAGUGAAAUCAAGGACUGAGAUAGAAAUGGAAUAAUCAGUCGUUUUCUAUAUUUUGAUUGUUCUUGAUCUGAUAUCAGGGCCUUUGAAAUCAUAUUACCCAUAAAGGCAGCUCAUUUCAACAAAUCAUAUCAGUGAAUGUGCAGGUUUUGAAUAUAUAUCAUGUUUGCAUAUUCAUAGAUCCGUUUAUGGACAAUUUAGAUCAUAAAUAUUUGGAUGCAGAAAUAUUAAUCUCACUCAGGCAAAUCUUUUUCAAGAGUGAGGUCAGUCGCAUUUUUAUGUAGUGUUUAUGUCAAGUAUCUGAGCACAGUGUCUACUCUGUAGAAAUGGCUGACACUCAGGACAUAAAGUGAAGCUCCCAGUCUGACGGAUAUUUCAUUUUGUAAGCAGGAGUAGGGUCAGUUAGAAUAUAAUUGUAUUAACAGAGGGAAGCAAUUCUAACAAGGCCCUGUACACAGUUAUGUACCUAAGCUUCCCAACAUCUGCCAAGGCAGCAGACGUGUGGAUACUACAGGCAAUAUCCAUAAGAAAUAUGAAAUUAUGUCAUUACAGUAAUAAGAUUAUAAGGUUUUGAGUACAUUGUUUAGGAGGAGGAAUUUUUAUGAUUUUUGGAUUUACGUUUUGGUUAGGACGCUUUUCCAUAUAUAUGUGGAUCAUUUUGUAACAUUGUAUAAUAUCUCAUCAUUCAUCGCAGAAUAGAAAAUGUAUCAUUGUACAUACCAUUCCAAGAAAUUGUAAUUUUUUAGUUUUAGUUACAAAUAGCUUAACUGCAAUUGUGUAACAUUGAUUAUAGCAUUGUUUCUAGUUAUUCUGUAAGGCUCUCUUUAAUCUGAGAUAAAAAGACUAACGUUAUGGAUGAGUGUCAUCGCUACUACCUAGUGACUGACCUAUUGAUCGGUUAACGACUAAGAUUCCGAGAAUGGAGGAAGCCUGGCCUGAAACAGCCAGAGCCCCCUGGUGUCCAUCAGCAUAAUCCAUCUGCCCCUUACCUCAAUGCUUCAGUUUUCUAAUUCAAUGUCACAGACGUUGCAAUAUUCAGCUUUCAUAAACAAGAAAAAUUGUUUCACAAUAAAAUAUUGUUUGGAUGUUCUGAAGAUUAGUUUUACUUUUUCACACAAGUACGUUUGAUAAGGUCUUCAGUUCAGAAGAUUAGGCAAAGUAACUCUUUCCUCAUUAACCAUUGUAUCUCAAAAUAAUUUCCAGGAACUUUGUAAAUAGUACAUAAUGAUCUUUGUGAAUAAUUUGUGAACAUACGUCUUGUGCCCUUUGUAUGUUAUAUUACUAUGGAAAAAUGGUGAUUAUGGCCUAACAGAUAAUGCCACUUUGAAGUUUAAAAGGACCAUUUCUUCCCUGAAAAUUCAAGGAGCAUUUCAAGAUACUGAUCUGCAUGCCUACCCUAUCGUGCUUCACCCAUUACCCUGUCGAUGUAUAUAUCAUUUCGUUAUUUCUGUAAUCAUACCUAUUUUUGUAAGAUGAAAAUCCUUUACAAUAAAAUAUUAACUGGA